AGCUAUAGUACUUUUGGUUAUAAUGGAGAGAGUAAAAUUACAAUUAGUUCUCUUUGCCUCUUUUUUGGUAAUGAGUAGUAGUGGUGUUUUGAGAUUCAAUGUUCCUUCAAUUUUCAUAUUUGGAGACUCUAUAUUUGAUGCUGGUAAUAAUCACUACAAUAACAACUGCACAGCGCAAGCUGAUUUUCCACCGUAUGGUUCCAAAUUCUUUCACCAUCCUACUGGAAGAUUCACUAAUGGCCGAACGGUUGCAGACUUCAUUUCUGAAUUUAUUGGGAUUCCUCUUCAAAAGCCAUUCCUCGAAGCACAGCUUGAGUUAGUAAAUGGAAGUAGGAGGGAGUAUCCAUCAAAUGGUAUUAACUUUGCUAGUGCUGGUAGUGGAGUUCUACGAACAACAAAUCAGGAUUUGGGAGUGACACCAAUUCAAGAUCAAAUCCAACAAUUCAAAACCUUAGUCCAACAAAACCACAUAACCAAGAAACAAAUCCAAGAAUCACUCUUCUUUUUCGAGUCAGGCUCCAACGACAUCUUCAGCUACUUCUAUCCAUUUGAUGCCCCAACACUUACCCCAGAUGGCUAUGUUCAAUCCAUGCUAGCUGAAGUCAAAAACUUCGUAGAUCAAAUUUGCAAGUUAGGGGCUCGUCGAAUUGCGUUGUUUUCGUUAGGCCCCGUUGGUUGUGUCCCAGCCAGGACCCUCUUGCCUGGUGCACCAGUUAACAAAUGUUAUGGAAAAAUGAACAAAAUGGUCAAAAAUUAUAACAUGGGGUUAGAGAAUUUGGGAAAGACAAUACCAAUCAAGUAUCCUGGCUCUUUUGCUGUAUAUGGAGUUGUGUACAAGACUGUUCAGAUCUUCAGAGCUAAUCCUAAACGUUAUGGCUUUUCAGAUGUGACAAAUGCAUGUUGUGGUGAUGGAACACUUGGAGGAUUAUUGCAAUGUGGUAAGGAAGGUUACAAGUUAUGUACAAACCCCAAUGAGUACUUGUUUUGGGAUUACUUCCAUCCAUCAGAGCACACUUAUAAACUCAUCUCAAAGGCACUAUGGACAGGAACUCAUUCUCGAAUUCGACCUGUGAAUCUCAAGACACUAGCCAACAUGACCCUCAGUCAGCAUUAAUUAAGGAAGUUAAUUGUGUUUUGAAAUCUUAAAAUACAUAGUGGAGCUAUUAUCUUUCGUUUCAGAAUUAUAUUUCUUUAUUCUCAUGUUGUUUCUAAGCCUACAUCAAAUAAGCAAACGAACAGAGGUAGAUUCAAGAUUUGACCCUCAUCGAGCACUAAUUAGGAAAUUAAUUGUGUUUUAAAAAUUUAAAUAAAGAGUGUGAU